AUGUUAAUGCAAAUAAAAAUGGACAAUCAUCCUUUGAAUUUUCAACCUAUUUUAGUUUCUCAUCCAAUGACCAGAGACAGUACGAAGCCAAAAAAAAUGACGGACAAAACUUUUAUUCCAAACCCUCCUGUAGGAUUUAUUAAAGAGGAAAAUAAAGCUGAUUUGCAUACCAUUUCGGUAGUGACAUCUAACGUUACUCUACCGCAAAUUCAACUCCCCAAGAUUGCAACGCUUGAAGAGCCAGGUUAUCAAAGUAGAACUGACUCUUUUACGGAUCUUUCUGCCAGAAGAAAUUCGGUUAAUAUAGGAGCACUGUGUGAUGACAUGCCAAACACUGCGGGCCCACACAUUCCAAGGCCGGUGACAAUGAACAAUUUGAUUCCUCCACCUUUACCAAGACUAAAUACAUACCAACUUAGACCGCAACUACCGGAUGCUCAUUUAAACUGUCAUUUCAAUUCUAACCAAUAUACCACUGCAUCCCAGGCACCACUCGAAUCCGCGUACACUACAGCAUCUACAUUCACCAACCAGCCGGCAGCCUCAUAUUUUGCCUCAAAUAGCACCCCAACUACGAGAAAAAAUAGCGCCACAACGAAUCCUCUUUACGAAGAGAGACGUCGACUCUCUGUUUCUCUUUCAGAACAAGUUUUCAACGAAGGCGAAAGAUAUAACAAUGACGGCCAGUUGAUUGGUAGAACAGGCAAACCGUUAAGAAAUACUAAGAGAGCCGCUCAAAAUAGAAGUGCUCAAAAGGCGUUUAGACAACGCCGUGAGAAAUACAUCAAGAAUCUCGAAGAAAAAUCAAAACUAUUUGAUGGUUUGAUGAAAGAAAACAGCGAAUUGAAAAAAAUGAUUGAAUCACUAAAAUCGAAAUUAAAAGAGUAG